AUGAACGCCACAGGGAAGGAGAAGCGACUGUCGCUCCUUAUAUGUCGCGUCAACAUGCUCAUAAAUUUGCUUCAAAGCAGAUUAGCGUUUCCACUGAUAUACCCAUUCAACACCACCGCCCUGAACAAUGAAAAGUCGCUAGAAUUGUACUUAAAGAAAUUAAGAAAGGAUGGGAAUUUUAACGAAGAAGCUUUUAUGAAGACACUGGCUUUUAUAACACCAUCCAUCAUAACCCUAACGAAGUUAGUCCAUAUUUUGAAGGCAGGCCAUUCUUUAUGUAAUUACUCUGGCAUGUCUACCAAGUUAGGAUAUAUGGACCGGAGGCGAAGUGCUAGUGUGUUAAAGCAACAUGAGACAAAGUUGCACUUGUUGAAACCACAGGUGUGGAGAUUGUUAAAGCCUAAUGAUGAAAUGAACACGAAGCAUUUGAGGUGGAGGAAGUGA